AUUUCAUUCAUUCACUCACUUUCACAACAAUCGCCGUUCCUUUCUGAUCAUAUCGCCGUUUUCUUAAUUUCAUUCAUCGCUGACCCAACAAUCGCUGUUCCUUCUUUCAUCGCCAUUUUAAUUGAAGUUCGUGAGAGAGACGCAAUCGAUCAAUUGAAGUUCCUUACUUGGUUCAUCGUUCACUGAUCCACUGCUUUCAUUUCAUUCCAUUCAACAAUCAAUUUGAAGCAAAGCCUAAAAAACUUCUUAAGAUCAUGGAUUGUCCUGGCUUGGAAUUAAGUCAUGUAGCUAGUCAUUUGCAGAAAUACAAAAUGUAUUUAAAAGGUGGGAUAAAAAACUCAAAAAUGAAUCAAUUUGAAUUUCAAGGUCACAACAACUAUGCUGUUUCAACUGAGAGCAUUGAUUCCCCUAGCACCUCUCUUCCACAGCUUGGGCAAUACUCAGUGACACCACCUGAUCAAUGUGACGAUUCCGAUAUAUUUUUUAACUUGACCGAUUUAUUCCCCAAUCUUAACGACGAUAUACACAAUAACAACUAUGCUGUUUCAGCUGGGAGCAUUGAUUCCCCUAGCACCUCUCUUCCACAGCUUGGUCAAUACUCAAUGACACCACCUGAUCAAUGUGACGAUUCCGACAUAUUUUUUAACUUGACCGAUUUAUUCCCCAAUUUUAACGAUGAUAUACACAAUGUGAUGUGGUGACUAUAGAGAAGGCAACAUCUAACAUCGGAUUCCACCUUCAUGACAUUUGUUUCUAUUUUAGUCAUAGUUAGUAUAUCAAUUAAGCUUUAGGCUUAUGUUUUGUAACAAGGGCACUAUUAUAAAAGGCCCAUUUCUGUGUUUUUGUU